AUGUUGGUCGCCAAAGUCCUCACUUUGCUUUCCGUCUCUGCGGCGGCCCUUGCAGCGCCCGGACGCCAGCCCAUGGCCAACGACAGCCCCGUCCCGUCUACACAGGAGAAGCGGGCAGCUCUCGUGGACUGUCCCGAGGGAUGGUGUCUCGACAAUUCCACCUACUGCGACGCGGAGACCCGAACAUGCAAAAAGAAAGGUCCCGGCCCCUGCGGUGCAGGCCAGUGUAUCUCACACUGGGACGGCCCUCGAUCUCCAAUGGCCGAACGUGGGUUAGCCGACAGCAACUGUACUCAUCAAGACUGCAAUAUGGAGGCUUGUCUCUGGAUUAAGCAAGGGGGGAAGCAUCAAUGUGUGCCGAAGAAAACUAGAACUAGCAACCCAACAAAGACGAGAGGCGGGAGAGUAUUCAAGGACAAGCGCACGGAAACCAGGAGGGAGUUUAUUCCGUAUAUCUCGCUCAGCUCGCUCGCUCGGGGUAAAAAUGCUUCUUUCGGGCGUGAACCGCCUCCACCGAGGGGGCCAACCUUAACCUCCAUCCUCGUCCCGUCCCGUUCCCUCCCCAUCGUGCUCCAUCCCAUCCCCGUCGCAUUGCGAUCUAGAGUCACAGGGCAGGGCUAG